AGUAGUUUUUGCUAAUUCAAUGAGCGCAAGAGAGAAGCUUAAUUGGCCAACAGAAAUGGAGGUGGAGGAGAUUCAAACCCAACUCCAAAAUCCUGAACAAAUGGAUGAUGCUUCAAAUAUAGACAGUAUUGCAGAAAACCCUAAGAGUCCUGCUUCCUCCGAUUCACCCGACGAUUCGGACGCCGACUCAGAGGACGAGUCCCACCACAAUGAUGAGCUUAAAACCUUGGAAGCCGAGCUCUCUACUAACCCCUCCAACUACUACGCUCAUGUCCAAUGCAUAAAGUUGUUGAGGAAAAUGGGCGAGAUAGAGAAGCUGAGACAAGCAAGGGAAGCCAUGAGCGCCGUUUUUCCAUUGACCCCUGCAAUGUGGCAGGAAUGGGCUAAAGAUGAAGCUUCUCUUUCUUCUGGGGCUGAGGUUUCUUCUGUGGUUGAGACGCUCUAUGAGCGAGGAUUAUUGGAUUAUCUGUCUAUCCCUCUUUGGUGUGACUGCUUGAAUUAUAUACAAGAAUGUGAUCCUUUGGUGCGUGAAUGUUCUUCUGAUGGCAUUUCAAAGGCCAGAAAUAUUUUUGAGCGUGCUAUAACUGCUGCUGGUUUGCAUGUUGCUGAAGGCAAUAAAAUAUGGGAAGAGUAUAGGGAAUUUGAGCAGGCUUUAUUAUGUACCAUUGAAGAGGCUGACACCAAGGCAAAGGAAUUGCAGGUCCAGCGGAUUCGAGGUAUUUUCCACCGUCAAUUAUCUGUCCCACUUCUUAACUUGAGGUCAACACUCCUAGCCUACAAGGCUUGGGAAGUGGAACAAGGGAAUGUUCCAGGUUCUGAAUCAAGUGACAUCGAUGGGAUUCCUUCUCAUGUUGCUUCUGCUUACCAAAAGGCCAUGGAAAUGUAUAAUGAUCGUGUUCAGUAUGAAGAACAGGUUUCUAAACAGGAUAUAUCUGAAACUGAAAAACUUCAGAAUUUCAUGAACUACUUAAAAUUUGAAAAGUCUGCAGGUGAUCCAGCUCGUGUUCAAGUUUUAUAUGAACGUGCUAUUACUGAUUUUCCUAUAUCAAAUGAUUUGUGGCUGGAUUAUACUCGCUAUUUGGACAAGACCUUGAAGGCAGGAAAUGUUGUAAGAGAUGUUUACUUGAGGGCCACAAGAAAUUGUCCCUGUGUUGGAGAACUUUGGGUUAGGUAUUUGCUUACCUUGGAACGAGGCCGUGCUUCUGAAAAGGAGAUAUCUGACGUCUUUGCAAAGUCCCUUCAAUCCACUUUUUCGACACUUGAAGAGUACCUAGAUUUAUUUCUCACGCGGAUAGAUGGCUUGAGACGAAGAAUUUUGUUUGGCAGUGAAGCAGAGAAUGUCUUGAAUUAUUCAUUGAUAAGGGAGACCUUUCAGUUUGCAUCAGAUUAUUUAUCACCACAACUAAAGAACUCAGAUGGUUUGCUUCGUCUGCAUGCUUAUUGGUCCCUUUUAGAGCUGAAUUUGGGAAAAGAUUUAGUGGCAGCCCGCGGAGUUUGGGAGAGCUUGCUUAAGAUCAGUGGUUCAAUGUUGGAAGCUUGGCAAGGUUAUAUAGCAAUGGAAAUUAAAUUGGGUCACAUAAAAGAAGCAAGGUCCAUCUAUAAGAGAUGCUAUAGUAAAAGGUUUCCUGGGACAGGCUCUGAGGACAUUUGCCACUGUUGGUUGCGCUUUGAGAGGGAAUUUGGUACUCUGGAAGAUUUUGACCAUGCUUUGCAAAAGGUUACCCCUCGUCUGGAAGAGCUACAAUUAUAUAGGAUGCAACAGGAAUCAAAAGCAUUUGCUGCAUCAACAGAGCAGAAAGACAAUCCAAUUAAGAAAAAUGUUCGUGAAAAGAGAAAGGGAGGUCCAGAAUCUACUGAUGAACAGUCUCCAGCAAAGAGGCAAAAACCAACAGCUCAAACCCAAAAGAAAGGGUAUGAGAAAAAUAAAGAUCAAGCACAAAAUCCAGCUGAAGUAACUGAAGAAAAGGAGGUCAAAGCCAGUGUUGAAAAGGCAGAUAGCAUCCUUGAAAAACAACAGAAAGACUCUGACACUGGGAGAAACAAAGUAUAUACAGACCAAUGCACUGCAUUUAUAUCAAAUAUUAAUCUUAAGGCAAAUUCUGAAGAUUUGCGUAAAUUCUUCAGUGAUGUUGGUGGGGUUGUUUCUAUUCGGAUACUGCGUGAUAAGUUUAGUGGAAAAUCCAGGGGACUGGCAUAUGUAGACUUUUCAGAUGAUGAACAUCUAGCUGCAGCCAUAUCAAAGAACAAGCAGAUGUUACUUGGGAAGAAGCUAAGCAUUGCACGUUCAGAUCCUAAUCAAAGAAAAAAAGAUGGUCGUAAUGUUUUGAAGCAACACACACACUCUACCGACCAAAGUGGUAACAAGGGGGAAUUUGCGUCUAAAAUGUCUAAUGAAACUUCCAAGGAAUCCAAGGUACCAGAGACAACAAACUUUGCUUCUUAUAAGCGAGAUGACAACAUCCAGCUCAAGGGCAAGAGUACAUUUUUAGUACCAAGAAAUGUGAAGAUGAACAAACCUAAAACUGUGAAAGAGGGAGAUGAGCAGCCAAAGUCCAAUGAUGAGUUCAGAAAAUUGUUUAUUAAAGAUUGAGGUUUGAUCAUCUUACAAUUGCUAAAGGAAUCGAUGGCAAAAUUGCUCCAAACGUUUUUGGUAUAACUAUGUACAAGAAGUAAACACUUGUUUUAGGAUGAAGAAAUAGUUUCCUACCUUACUGCUUGCUGAGGUACUAAAAUCUCUUAGGCUGUGGAGCCCAGCAUUCUAAACAUAGAACUGAUCUUCUGGGAUUAUGAUGGUUGUAGGAUAAAUGUAUUUCUUGUCAUGAAAUCUGUCUAAUAUGCUUGUGCCCUUGAUUCGGUUGUGCAUUGUUGAUAUAUCAAGUAAUUACUGAGGAUAAAUAUUCUUUUUUUUAAAUAA